AUGACUUGCGUACACCCCCGACAUGGACGUCAGCCCACUGAGAGCAGUUUCAGCAGCUCUGAGCUUCAGAAUGCAGACUUUCUCUCCAGGCUGGCCGUUGACAUGAGUGGCUCCCUGGAGCACCACUCUACUCCGUCCCUGCCAAGCAUCGGCUCCUUGGUGGGCACACCUACGGGAUCUUUUGAUGCGUACUCAUGCCAGUUCACUACAACCCCUGCCCAUGUACCUUCAGCGUCAGGCCAGGAAAGCCCCUUCAAGCUGGACGAGCUCCAAGUUUAUGGCUGCUACCCUGGAGCGUUCACUCUGAGUUACCCAGAUGAGGCUGUGUCUCCCAGUGGCUCGGAUUACUUUGGCAGCCCCGCGUCCGCCUCUUCUCCUUCGACUCCUGGGUUCCAGAGUCAGAAUGUGUCUAACUGGGAUUCAGCUUUUGGGCCAUAUUCCCCUGGUCAAGGAUACUGGAUGACUGAGGACACCUCAGGGCCACAUACUCCAUCUUUUUUCAUGUUUGGCUCAGGUUCUGUGGAGGACAUGUCUCAUUUGGGUCAGGCACUUUUCCGAGAGCAGGAACCCUUUGCCGCAUCUCAACCUCACCCAUCUGCGAUGCAGUUUCCCGCUAUGGGGAUGGAACAGGCCCUUUGUCUCGACAGUGCUGAACAGCGGGAUGGAAGUCUAUCGCCCAAGCUGAAAAGUGGAAGUGAGGGCGGCUGCGCUGUUUGUGGAGACAAUGCCUCCUGUCAGCACUAUGGGGUCCGCACCUGUGAGGGAUGCAAGGGUUUUUUCAAGCGCACAGUUCAGAAAAAUUCCAAGUAUGUCUGCCUUGCCAACAAAGACUGCCCUGUGGACAAGAGGAGGAGAAAUCGAUGCCAGUUCUGUCGCUUCCAGAAGUGUCUGGCAGUGGGAAUGGUCAGAGAAGUUGUUAGAACGGAUAGCCUGAAAGGACGGAGGGGUCGCUUACCAUCGAAGCCUAAAGGUGUCAAAGAUGCCACUCCCAUUGUAUCCCCAGUGAGCAUGAUUGCGUCGCUGGUCAGGGCCCACAUUGACUCAAACCCUGCUGUUGGAAAUCUGGAUUACUCUAAGUACCUCGAGAAGGAAGUCAGCGCGAACCAGAAGGAAGACGUGAGUGACAUAAAGCAGUUUUACGACCUCCUCACGGCUUCUUUAGAGGUUAUCAGAAAGUGGGCGAAGGACAUCCCAGGUUUCUCUGACUUCUGCUUGGAGGAUCAGGAACUGCUGGUGGAAUCUGCAUUCGUUGAACUCUUUAUCCUGCGUCUUGCCUAUCGGUCCAAUCCUAAAAUGGAGAAGCUCAUCUUCUGCAACGGAGCUGUCCUGCAUAAAACACAGUGUGUCCGGGGCUUUGGGGAAUGGAUCGACUCCAUCCUGGAGUUUUCUCAAAGCCUUCAUCGCAUGAAGUUGGAUGUCUCCUCCUUCUCCUGCCUUGCAGCCCUGAUCCUCAUCACAGAUCGACAUGGCCUGAAGGAGCCCAAACGGGUGGAGGAUUUACAGAACCAGCUCAUCACCUGCCUGAAAGACCAUGUGACUAGCUGUGGUUCAGAGUCCUUACGGCCCAAUUAUCUGUCUAGACUUCUCGGCAAGUUGCCCGAGCUCAGGACUCUGUGCACGCAAGGUUUCCAGCGCAUCUUUUACCUCAAACUAGAAGAUCUGGUUCCUCCCCCACCAAUCGUGGAGAAGAUCUUUAUGGAAACUCUGCCGUUUUGAGUUCCAGAUGCAAAGAGACCAACUGUGAAAAAAACAUGAGUAGUUUAUCUGGAUGCCAAAGACAAUGGACUUGGUGCUCACACUGCACAAUACCUGUAAAACUUUAAGAGUUUUAACAGAAUAAUAAUAAUCCUAAGGGAUUCUGCAGCGUUAAGGAGAGCACUUCUGAAUCACAAAGUGAAUGAAUAGUUAAAUACACACCUAGAGCCACAAAUGCUCUUCCUUAUUGACUUUCUGGGAAAGUGUGUUGUCUUCAGAUGGAAAAAGAUUGGCCAGCUCAUGGACCAAAUAGUGAGUGUUUACAUGCAACAAUGGGCAAAUUAUGGAAAUACCCCCCAUCGUUGCCAGAUCUGCUGCUCGAGUAUUGAAAAAAUCUUCAUCAAAGCUCUGUAUAACCCUUGUGCUAUCCUAGGCACUUUGACAUAGGGAGUUGGGUCAUCUAGACCCCACUAGACAGUGCGCUGAACUUUUUCCUUCAAUGAUUUGUGAUCUUCACUGGUUUCCAUGGAUUACAUGAAAUCGUCUCCACCUUUAUCCACCUUUGUCAUGGUAGGGAGAACACGUCAAUGGUCAUCUUGACCCCAUAGGAUAGCACAAGGGUUAAAGCAUUUUUAAAAACUUCCUCUUUGUUGACUGAGCUAGGGCUGCACAGUAUCCCUUUAUUGACAUCAGUAUCAUUAUCUCAACCAAUUCACAUUUCAGUUCAGUGUCCAUUAAGGUUAUGCACUGUCUAAAGUGUAUGUUACUAACAAAUAUGAGUGACAGAGUAUUAGUUUGAGUUGUUUUUCAGCUCAGACGAAGUAAAUUGCAUGUUUUCUUGGUGUUGUGCAGCCCUAUAUAUGAGCCAGCAGGAAGCCAGCCAUAGGUGAAACCUUCAGAAUUGAUCACUGGUAUCAUUCAUGUAUCAUGAAUUGUUUUUGAGCAGCUAAUAUUCUGUUUAUUAUCCAGUCUUACUCAAAGAUCCUGUUUGUGAAUGGUUUUUAAAGCUCCAACUGAGCUGUAUUCUACAGUGUGGAGAAUUGUUGUGGGGUUUUGUUUUUACAUACUGAGAUGAUAUUUUGCCAUAGUUCAAUGUGGAAUAAAAUAAAAAACAUUUUAUUUGCA